UCAUUCUGCCCCGGAUGUUGUUCAUGUUCACACGAAAGCAGCGUCUUGCUACCGGUUAGCUGUUCGCAAACAAGGAGCUUGGACUAUCACCGGGGAUUUCAAGCUUGUUUUUAUAGCUCCAGUAGCCGCUAAAUAUAUGUUUGGGUAUUGAAUAAGAUCAGUGGGCGUUGUCCAGGUUAUACAAUUUGCCUCAAUUGCAAUUUAUGUUCGCACAAUAGGCUAGAUAAUAUCUAAACGUUAGCUCGUUAGCUAGCACUAUUUAAGACUUAAACCAUGAGUCUUGUAGUUGGCCGAGAACCAAGGAAGACUGCGGGAAAUCGCAUGUCAAAAUUACUGGAUGCCGAAGAAGAGGACGAGUUCUACAAGACCACUUACGGAGGAUUUAAUGAUGAAUCAGGAGAUGAUGAAUAUCAUGGUGAACAUUCAGACACAGAGGAUGAGGUGGACAGUGACUUUGACAUAGAUGAAGGAGAUGAGCCUGAUAGCGACCAGGAGGAAGAUGCACCACGAAGGAAAAGUCGUGUUGUCACCAAAGCUUAUAAGGAACCUAUAAAAGUGGCAAAACCUAAACCCAAAAGACCCUCUGAGGAACAGAAGAAGACGGAGAAAACUAAAGUGGAGCUUAAAAGGAGGAUUCCACAAGAAUUCCAAGAUUUUGGCGAGACUCGGAAGUCUGUGCGACAGUCUACUAGCGAACAUACCCGGAAGACUAAUUUACGUUUACAAGAGCGACAGGAUGCUCCUCGGAGGAGGAGAGGCGCACAUCGUGACCGGCCCCUUACUCAGGAAGAACUGCUGGCUGAGGCCAAGAUCACAGCUGAGAUUAACAUUCGCUCACUGGAGAACUAUGAACGCCUGGAGGCAGACAAGAAGAAGCAAGUUCAUAAGAAGCGGCGUUUUGAGGGACCAACCAUCCGUUACCACUCAGUCCUGAUGCCCAUUGUUUCUCAGUCUGUCCUAAAAGAAGAAAAUGUAGAUGUUGAAGGGUUGGAUCAGGAAGUUCCUCAGCCACAAAAUCCCACCACACCCUCACAGCAGCCAGCUGGAGGCUUGUGCUCACGUACCUAUAUAACUUUCAGCGAUGACGAGGCUUUUGAGACUGCAUUUUCACGCACCGCCCAGUCAAAUCCUCAGCUACCAGUCCAGGAGGUUUGUCCUGUCACCCACAAGGCUGCACUAUACCGAGACCCUGUCACAGAUAUACCCUAUGCUAACGCGAGAGCCUUUCGCAUCAUCCGAGAAGCGUAUCGGAAAUAUGUGACUGCACAUGGAUUUCCAAACACUUCAGGAGGGGCAACGGGACUUGACUCUGCAGCAACAAAGAGUGCUCGGCAAAAAAUGGUUGUUAAGCAAACCGCUGUUGCAACAUAGGCUCCUUUGAUGAGCAAGUCUUAAAAUUAGGCUUGUCCUGAUUUUUAUAAAUCCAAACUAAUCCAUUCGGGUUUUACAAUGACUUGAUAUAAGGGAAAUGCACAAUUAGAUCUCUAUGACCUUAAAGACCGUUUGAUGGUACAUCAGUGUCUCAACAAUCCCAGUUUCAAGAACUGUCAAAAAUAUUCUAAAUAGAUUUUCAUAAACAAAUGGGCAACUGUGUUUUUGUUUCUUGUUUUUCCAACAAAUAGUCAUACACUUAAAAAAGUGAAUUUUGGAAUAAACAUUUACUGUUUC